UUCUGCUCCUCAACUGAACCCUCUGCUCCUGACACCAUGUGCUAUUACGGCAACUAUUAUGGUGGCCUGGGCUAUGGCUAUGGUGGCCUGGGUUGUGGCUACGGCUGUGGCUAUGGUGGCUAUGGUUAUGCCUGCCACCGUCCAUGCUGCUUUGGAAGAUACUGGUGUUCCGGCUUCUAUUGAAGUAUUCUAGACUUCUGAUACCUUGGAUAGUUCCUGUUAUUAUAUAAGGAUUGUUUAUUAUAUUAGUAUUAUUUUCUCUUCUAACACUAAUAUCUAAAUCCUAGGCCACCUGUGAUAAAAAAAAGUCACCAAUCAAUUCAUUAUCUAGACUAUCCAAUGAUUUUGUCGGAAAAAAUAUCCGUUCGUUUCUAUACGUGUGCACAAAUCCAAUCUUAAUAUUUAUUUGGGAAAAUUCCGGUUUUAUUUUUCAUUAAAUAAAAGCUCAUUUGCAAGUAUGCCAUA